CUUUCGUUGACUUCAUUUAAAAUUGAGCAUAUAGAUUCUCUCUAAUUGCAUUGUAAUACGUACAGCGAAUAAGAAGAAGAAACACAACAGAUACCGAUACACAAUACAGGCAUUCAAAUGAACCCGCAAUCUACGCCCCCACAGCAGGGAAAACGCAACAAGAAUAUUGCUUGUUUGCAAUGCCGUGAACGAAAAGUUCGUUGCUCAGGUACCUGUCCAUGCGCGAACUGUACGCGUCGCUCAACAGACUGCGUGUUUGAGCAGGAAGAUCGCAAGGUUGUUGUAUCUGAGAACUUGCUCAAUGAUUUGAAGCGAAAGGCAGAGGAUUGGGAUGAGGCGCAAAAACAGAAGAAGAACAAAACCUCUGCGGGUACGAGUACAAAUAUAGCGGUUACAGCGACCGCCCCAAGAACGAGUGUCGACGAUGGCCUACCACAGAUGACCAAUCCUCUACUGACGCCCUCAUCUAAGUUUGUUGUAGACCACCAAGGCAGGAAACGUUUUCUAGGCCCUUCGUCUACAUGGGCAUACAGUCACCAUGUAAUGGGCAUGAUCAGAGAGUAUGUGGGCCAUGAGCUCUCACCCGAAGUACCACUAAACCACGAUGGUGUUGCUUUCAAUAUUGAGCUUCCUAGUAUGAAGCAAUCUGAACUUGUUGUCAACAUCGAAAGCCUGCCUUCUCUGGACUAUGCGCUAUAUCUCACCAACACCGUCAAAUUCCACAUAGUCCAAACUUACCACCUAUUUGACGAGCAGAAAUUCAUACCGGCCCUCCUAUCACUAUACAACGAUGGACCACCGCCGGUGACUGCUGAGAACAGGAUGUGGUAUGUUCAGUACUUCCUUAUCAUGGCUCUUGGCAAAGGACUGCUUACCCGCGGCAUGUCUAAAGCUGGUUCACCGGGGAGUGAGUAUUUCAUGAAAGCAAUGGAGCUUUUCCCAGAUACCUAUGGACUGUACAUAGAUCCUAUCCUGUCGAUUGAAGUAUGCUGCGGCCUUGCUUUAUAUCUCCAGGCUGUUGAUCACCGCAACAGUGCUUAUGUCUAUCUUGGGAUGGGUUUGAGAAUAGCGCUCAGUCAAGGUCUGCAUCGAGAUAUUGCUGGAGAAUCCGCCGACGACCCUGAAGUCAGGCGAUAUCGCAAUGCAUGGUGGACACUGUACAUCCUCGACCGGAAGUUCUCAUCGUUGAUGGGCGCCCCAAGCUCUGUUCAAGAUAGUGAUAUCUCUGUCCCGAUUCCAGGGGAUCAAACAACGCCUCGAAGGUCAAGCUCAUUGGAAAUGCAUAUCAAGCUAUCAAGGCUCAAGACCAAGGUCCUCAACACAAUAUACGGCAUCGAUGGAAAACUGGAUGUCUCGUUCCCGAAAAACACCAUGAGUAUAUUGAGGGAACUCGCUGCGCUAGGAGCCGAGCUCAACUCAGCUCCUGAUCUGAAGUUGGACAGUCAAAGUCCACUAUCGCGCGUCUCUGCAACCCUAAACCUAUGCUAUCAUCAGUGCAUCGUGCUUGCUACGAGACCUCUCCUCAUGUGUAUUUUAAGGGACAAACUGGAGAUGAGCAGACAUGAUAACAACGCCAACUACGAGAUUGUCGAGCCUGUCAAGGCUUUAGUCAGGACCUGCUACGACUCAGCCCAUAAAUCACUUCGCAUCUUGACUACACUUCAGUCGCAGGAUCUUCUAGAGCUCUUUCUCCCCUUCGACCUCGACCAUGCAUUCUCGGCUGGGUUCGUUCUGGCACUUAUAUUCGCCAUCCAACCCUUCCCAGACGCAGCCGGAGAGUCUUCCUUUGAACUAACAAGGAAUAUCCUUGACGCUCUGAUAGCAGGUGGGAAUCUACCUGCACGGUUUCGGCGCCAGGAACUUGAGCGUCUACAUGAUAUGUUGCAUCUGAUCGACCGACAAGGCAUUGUAACACAGUCGCAGGGUCAAGAAAACGACUGUAUUUCUGUCUUGGGAGAGCAGGGAAUAUCGCCGAACCAGAUACUCAAUGUUGCCAGUUUGCUCGAUGGGCAUACGAAUAUUGGUGCGGAUCUUGAUGACGUUAAUGGUUGGCUAUGGGAGGUCACUGGUUUUGAGGGUCUUCCUCCAGUUUGAACAUGUCUUGCAGGAGUCGAUAUGAUUUACAGGGUGUUUCUAGCUGUUGAUAUUUUCCCCGUCUGACAUUAUCACAUCGAGAAGUCUUCCGGCUUAGACCAUAUAAUUUGCUUCGUCAAGAUUCCAUUGUUUAUUUCCAAGAUUGGCAUCAGAGUGGUGGCGUGUAGGCCGUGUUGAUCUCGUGUCAGUGAGAUCCACUGGUUCUACAAUAGGAGAUUUCUCGGUUAGCCGAACGAGCCAAGCCAGGCCGCCCGCAUGUUCUGUUUCUUGCCCCAGAAUCCCCCACUGAUCUUGUCUAGUAACAUGACCUGUCUGAUAAGCUCAGAUUGAGGGGUUAACCUUAGUCCCCGGUAAUCAGGCCAUGACGAUAAUCGGUCUGGG